AUGGAUUCUCGUCAAGCAAAAGCACCAGGCUACAUGCUGUAUUGCGUAGUGGUGGCCUGCAUCGGAUCUUUCUGUAAUGGGUGGGUGAUUGGAUGUGCCAACCUUACUGCUGACGCGACACAUGCAUGCGAGGGAGGCUCUCAACAUUUGGCAAGUCCAUUACUCCCCGAUUGUAUACCAAUGAGCACAUCAUUAUGGGGCUUUGCUGUAGCAUCAUUUUGUGUGGGUGGUCUUAUUGGCGGUGCUACGGGUGGAGUCAUCCAAACACGUUUUGGUCGCAAGAGAACGCUCAUCUACAAUACGGCUGGUUGGAUUAUAGGCGCACUCCUACUUGGAUUGGCAGUGAACGUACCUAUGUUUGUCAUUGGUCGUCUCUUUUGUGGCUAUUCAUGUGGUCUUUGUUCGCUGACGAUCCCCGCCUACAUCGGUGAGAUUUCCACUAUCAAAUUGCGGGGUGCCAUGGGAACCUUAAAUCAACUCUUUAUCACCAUUGGUAUCUUCAUUUCUUCCCUUGUUGGAUUGCCUACUUCCAAUGUUCCUUUGUGGCGGUUGAAUUUCGCUCUUGUUGGCAUUCCUGCCAUCUUGCAAGCUGUUCUCAUGGCAACCUGUGUCGAAUCACCACGCUGGUUGACUUCUCAAAACCGCUUCGUCGAUGCUCAUGUGGCUCUUCAGAAACUACGUGGUCGUGAUGCUAUUGUGGAUAACGAAUACUACGAGAUUGUUGAAGGACAAGGAGGCACCGAAAAGGCUCAAAGUAUGAUGAAGGAUGGUGAAAAGAGUCUUGAUGGCAGCCAGCAGAGCACUCUUACUACUCCAGUGGAUCAACUCGAUACCAUCUCCAAGUCUCUCGAAACGCAAGUCUCUCGUCCUGAUAUCGAUCAUCGCAUCAGUAAUGCCGAUACAGUUGUCGAAUCGCCUACCGCCAUUUCAUCCAAAGCCGUCCACCAAGCUAUGAACAUCAUUGACAUCUUCCGUGAUCCUCUUAUUCGCCGUAUCGCUUUACGAGUUUGUGCAUUGCAUAUGAUCCAACAGUUAUCUGGCAUGAAUGGUGUGAUGUUUUACUCGACCUCGAUCUUCAAUUCUGCUCUUGAUACGAGUAUGUCAAAGUACAUGGCAAUUGCUACCAACGCUCUCAACGUUGUUAUCACCAUUCCAUCGGUUUUACUCAUUGAUCGUAUGGGUCGUCGUCCUUUGCUUAUGAUUGCUGAAUUUGGUGCAUGUCUUUUUUCGGUCCUUCUUGUCAUUGGAUACGUCUACAACGUCUCUUCUCUCUUGAUUGUUUCCGUGUUCUUGUACGUUGCUUCUUUUGCUAUUGGUAUUGGUCCUAUCCCAUGGUUGAUCACAUCAGAGCUUACGCCCACCUAUGCCAGCUCAGCUGUCGGUGCCGUGGCAACGGCUGUUAAUUGGGCUAUGAACUUUGUUAUUGGUCAAGUCUUCCCUGUCAUCUUUGCUGCUAUUGCAGGCUAUUCGUUCGCUAUCUUCGCAGGCAUCUGCUUUUUGGCUUUGCUCUUCACCUUUUUCAUGUUGCCCGAGACCAAGAACCGAUCCAUGGAAAGCAUUGUUCGCGACUUUGAAAAACAUGAGACCGAGACCAACCACGAGGCUCCAUCCAUUGCUGUCAAUGGUAACUCGCUUUCUCCAGCAUAA